CUUCGUCGUGUUCUUUUCUCUGAGAACAAUAUAUACCUCUUUUAUCUUCGCCAUUUUGCCAUUUUGAAGGCUGAAGAACUUGCUCCCACCCUGCUCCUGUUGCCUACUUUGUCUUACCACCUGACCUACCUCAAAUUGGUCGCGCGCACCGUCCACCUCAACACCUAGGGCAAUGGAGUCGCCCUCAUUAUCCAGAUCUUCUUCAUUCGCACCCGGUCCACAUCGCCGCUCCCACCCCAACUUACACCACCUCUCCCUCGCACCCUUGACGCCCAAAUACCCCAUCGACCCGGCCGACUACGCCGCCUACUUCGACCCGUCGACCAGCGAACUGCACACGACCACGUCAAUCUCUCAGAUCUCCAGCCUGCCGUCUCCAAGUGGGAUCCUGACUUCUCAUUCCGCGGCACACUCGCGCGCGAGUUCUCGCACCCGUCUACGGAAAAAGAUCCGCAGUGCCGUAUCUGUUCAUGACACAUCCGCCGCCGCCGCACAUGCUCCUCACGCGCACGCGCAUUUCGCCGGAGCUGGUGGUCUCGCAACACCCUCGGGGGCCCUGACGAGCGAAGGAUUUGGACAUCGAAACAUCAACGCGUCCAGGUCCGGUCUCCUGCAUCUCCACACGUCCGAAUCGUCAUGGCUGAUCCAGACUGGUCUCGCGCUGACCGAGGGAUCGCGCGAGUCCAAGGGCCAAUCGUGGCUUGGGAAACGCGACUCUUCGACUUCGUUGCAUUCCCCCGCUACGACGACGAACGCGGAGGAGAGGGAUUUCAACCACAACCAAAGAUUACAUCCCCGCUCUGGCCGGGUCACGCCGAGUUUGUCCAGACGGAGCAGUCACGCAGGCAGACGCAGUCGAAGGUCGCUGGCCAUGACACCCGCUCCCCAGACAUCCAUGGACGAAGAGGCGAUGCCGCACUGGGACGACGCACAGACUCAAGCGGAGAUUGCGGCGCAAGUGGAGAGUGAAUUCGCAGACGAGUUCGAGGACGACCCGUACGGAGUACUAGAUUUUGAAGGGCAAUUCGACAGUGAAGACGAGGAAGACGUCCGGCGCGAAAUCUCACGGUACAGGCUGGGGCGGUGGAUGGACGGUGUGGUGGACGUCUUUCUGAGGCUGGAGGAGUUUCCGGAUUCCGAAGGUGGCAGUAAAAGUGCACGAGAUCAUGAUGUUGACUUGGAAGCUGGAAACCAAAAGCCUGAAAUGUCUGAUGUUGAAACUACAGUUCAGGUAAAAGAUGCCGACGCUGCUAGUGCGGUUUCUGAUGCUUCUAUUGAGCCUCCGCCUGAUAAACCAUCCGGUGUUUGGGAUGAUGUGGUCUGGUUUGGACGCCUCUUGGUCCGCACAGUCAGGUCAUAGGACUCUUCAUGAUAUUAUGUUUCCCGAGUUCCGAUACCAAGAGCUCCGCCGCAUUUGCUAUCGUCAUAUUUGGCACCAUGAAUCUCCGACCGAAAUACCUCCAAAAUGCUGCUGAUGUCUUCUUCAGACUCCGAGUUGAGUCAUCUCUUUCUCCUUGAAUGGGACUUAGUCUUUAGUCAGACAAGUCAAUGACCUCCGGCUCGAUACAGGGCUUCUUCUCUGAGCGCACGACCACGAUAUCAUUGUCAUUGUCUUCAUUUGGGUCGGCAGCCUCACGCUUCAGUCUAGGGAUUAACAUACCGUUGGCAUUGACUGAGGUAGCUUCUUUCUUGAUCUUGAAGUCUGGAUCUUGCUUGAUUUUGGUCUUCGUCUCUUGACGACUGAGUUUAAGCUCGGCCUACAGCUGAGCAUUAGUGCAACCUCACUAAGAUGGCCGGAAGUUACUUUACCUGCUGGCGUGUUACAAGCACUCUCAGCUCCUCGUUCGACAAAGUGUUGAUAUCUCUUUGUUCCAGUGGGACGGGACUUGGUGUUCUUGGAAUGACUCCGAGUUUUUGCAAGUCACCUACACGUGUCAGCUAUGGUGCAUAUAGAAAACAUUUGUGGCAUACGCUUGGUUCUGUAUAGAAACACGAAGAUGGCAAGAGGAUAUUGAUCAACCUGCACCCCAUUUCUGACUCUGUUUCUUUCGGCAGGACGCUCUGGACCUAGACUAGGCAGUGUCUCUUAGCACAAGCCUUACGCCAUGAACAGCAAACCAUGUCUUACCCUAUGGUGGAUCCGACCGCCUGACCUUUGAGUGCCUUUUGAGGAACAGGCCCUUCAUUCAACCUGGACCUCUCCUGUCUUUUGUGUGGCCUAGAAACCGUUUUCUUUCGUUCGGCAACCACCCUGAUGGUCCCCAGUUGAGCAUACUUCUUGAAGUCUUCAGUGCCCUGGAGAGGUGCUUCUUCGGCUGGGGCAUGUCAGCGCCGUGCCACUGGUUGCUCGAGCGACUUACUGGUUUGCAAUUCUUUCCAGAAGAAGUGCUUCUCUAUCGACGUAUGGUCAUUGACAUCAUAUUGCGCACCAUAUCUGGUGGCGGAUAGUGAUCCUUUCAUCACAUAUCUCAAAUGGUCGAAGACUGAUCCUGCUAGGUAUGUACCAUCGAAGUAU